AUGACAGGGACAAUGCUGUACAAAUUAUUAACUCCUCAGAGAUACAUGGACUUGUUGUCCAAAGAGACUGCUCGCAGAAUCAUUCCUGUAGACUCGACAUGGUAUCUCCCAAAUUUGGGAAAAAAUGGUAGACAAGAAUUCUUAAAUGUCGAACGUAUUCCUAAUGCAGUGUAUUUUGAUAUAGACGAUAUUAAGAACAAUGAUUCGCCCUACCCUCACAUGGCACCAACAUUGGAGACCUUCAACUCCAAAAUGAGUCAAUUGGGGUUACGUCAAGAUGAUAUCCUGGUGGUUUACGAUAGGAUUGGAAACUUUAGUUCUCCAAGAUGUGCAUGGACCUUGUCAUUAUUUGGUCAUGAAAACAUAUAUCUUUUGAACAAUUUCAAUGUCUAUAAGGCACUGAACCUACCACUGGACACAAAACGACAAGCUACCCUCACUAACCUCUCACCAAGUACUUACAAGUCCAUGAUAGAUUUACGUAGUAAAGAGAUUGUGUCAUACGAAGAAAUGCUUAGCUUGGUAGAAUCCGAUGAACUAAAGUCGAAAUAUAAUGUGUUUGAUGCAAGACCUCUAGGAAGAUUCAAAGGUGUUGAUCCUGAACCAAGAACUGAGAUUAAGUCAGGCCAUAUCCCCGGUGCUCAGCCAUUGCCUUUCUUUGAAAUAUUAGAUUCGACUGAUAAAACUUUUCCACAGGAUGUUGAUUCAAUGAAAAAGAAAUUGAAUGAAGCAUUAGCUAAACUUGGUGAUGACAUGGAUGCCAAUAAGCCAAUCAUCGCCAUGUGUGGUACUGGUGUCACUGGUACCAUUAUUAAGACAGCUUUUGAACAUGCUGGAUUCAAUAACGUUAAGUUAUAUGACGGCUCUUGGACCGAGUGGGCGUUGAAGUGUCAAGAUGUUAAAUCACACUUGAUUGAAUGA